GCCAAUGGGAACGGCAAUGGGAAUGGAAACUAUAAUAAGAAGCAGGCGCGCGAGUGCGGGAGACCGCCAUCUGUUUUUGUACGUUUACAAAAAAUAAGCUCUCAGUAGCACAUAGCAUAAUUGCCAUGCGCCCACUUAGUGAGCUAGUGGGGUUGUUGAAUCGACCCAUUUCCCAGUUUUCAUCAUUCCUUCUGUCCAUAGUCACUUCACCACACUGACCAUAUAUAUACACAUACCCAUGUCUUUUAUACAAACACUCUCAAGUCUAGCCCCACUCUGUAUAACUGCUCAAUUACAGGGUCUGUGUAGCAUAAUCCGACUUCCAUCCGUAAUCGUGAAGAUGAGAAUCAACGAAAUGCUGUUGCUGGCGAUGGUGGUUUUAGUCUGCAGCGGAUACGCCCGCACUGUGGUCUCGGCCGCUCCCUCGUCCGGCGGCGGCGGGAGUUCGUCGUCGGAGAAGGAAAUAGAGGAAUGUGCAGAGCAGCUAGCAGGGCUGGCUACUUGCCUGCCGUAUGUUGGAGGCACGGCGAAAUCUCCGACGCCGGAUUGCUGCGGCGGGCUGAAGCAGCUUCUCAACACCAACAAGAAGUGCCUGUGCGUUGUGAUAAAAGACAGGGACGACCCUCAGUUGGGCCUCCACAUCAACCUUACCCUGGCUAUGUCUCUGCCUACAGUCUGCAACUCUGCCUCGGCUGCCAAUAUCUCCAAGUGCCCUGAGUUGCUGCAUUUGCCUCCAAACUCGCCGGAUGCCCAAGUGUUCUAUCAACUUGGGAACAAGGGCUCCAAAGGGAUGACUGGCCCUAGCCCUGGCCCUGCUCCAGCUGAUUACUUGGGUUUGCUGUGGUUUUUGCAGGGGGAGAUCCAAAUGCGGUGGGGGCUAUUAGUGGUGGUGAUCAGGGGAAACAGGCUACUAGUGCUGGAAACAAGAGGGACUAUGAUGGCUUCUUCUGGGUUCUUAGCCUCUGGGAGUUGUUCUUUGGUGGUUUCUUGUUAGUUUCAUUCCAUGGUUUUGGUCUGUAAUUAAUCUAGUUUUAACAGUUUCAGAGCACUAUUAGAUUCCGUGGCUUCUUUCUUGUCAUUUUCUCUGGUGAUUCUGGUUUCUGGGACUCAAUAAUAAGCUUUACACUAUUCUCUUUUGCUGAAGUUCUGCUGGUGUGGCAUUGGAUUAUGUAAUCUACCCUCUGAUAGACAGAUACAAGCGUUGGAUGAAAAUUUUGAAGGAAUGUACUUUGUGUUACAAUUUGAAGGGAGAGACAAAAGAACAGAAUGUUCAACAAAUCAACAACAGAGCAAUGUAAUUGCAGCUCUAUAAUAUGGAAUUUCACUGUUAUUGCAGGCUGCAUCAUCCCAAACACUGGCUACCCAAAAGUUGUACCCUGUGAAAUUCCCUUGCUUUCCUCCCAACCCUAAUCAACUCUGCC